CGCGGCACGCCCCGCGCAUGCCUGAUGCAAAGCGUCCGCAGGUCGGGCGGUAGCGUCGGGCGAGUGCUGCGGCUGGAGCAGCCACCGUCCGGCAUGAAGGAUUGGGUUCUGGGUGCUGCCUGCUCCUCGCUCCAGCACCAUGGAAUGCCUGCGCAGUUUGCCCUGCCUCCUGCCCCGCGCGAUGAGACUUCCCCGGCGGACGCUGUGUGCCCUGGCCUUGGACUUGACCUCUGUGGCGCGUCCCGUUGCUGCCUGCGGCCGCGCAGCCAACUUGGUUGGAAGGAGCCGGGCGGCGCAACUUUGCGGGCCGGGCCGGCUCCGCGUGGCAGGUGAAGUGCACCGGUUAAGAACUUCUGAUGUCUCUCAAGCCACUUUAGCCAGUGUAGCCCCGGUAUUUACUGUGACAAAAUUUGACAAACAGGGAAAUGUUACUUCUUUUGAAAAGAAGAAAACUGAAUUAUACCAAGAGUUAGGUCUUCAAGCCAGAGAUUUGAGAUUUCAGCAUGUAAUGAGUAUCACAGUCAGAAACAAUAGGAUUAUCAUAAGAAUGGAGUAUUUGAAAGCUGUGAUAACUCCGGAGUGUCUUCUGAUAUUAGAUUAUCGUAAUUUAAACUUAGAGCAAUGGCUGUUCCGGGAACUCCCUUCACAGUUGUCUGGAGAGGGUCAACUCGUUACAUACCCUUUACCUUUUGAGUUUAGAGCUAUAGAAGCACUCCUGCAAUAUUGGAUCAACACCCUUCAGGGGAAACUUAGCAUUUUGCAGCCACUGAUCCUUGAGACCUUAGACGCUUUGGUGGACCCCAAACAUUCAUCUGUAGACAGAAGCAAACUGCACAUUUUACUACAGAAUGGCAAAAGUCUAUCAGAGUUAGAAACAGAUAUUAAAAUUUUCAAAGAGUCAAUUUUGGAGAUCUUGGAUGAGGAAGAGUUGCUAGAAGAGCUCUGUCUAUCAAAAUGGAGCGACCCGCAAGUCUUUGAAAAGAGCAGUGCUGGGAUUGACCAUGCAGAAGAGAUGGAGUUGCUGUUGGAAAACUACUACCGAUUGGCUGACGAUCUCUCCAAUGCAGCUCGGGAGCUUAGGGUGCUGAUUGAUGAUUCACAAAGUAUUAUUUUCAUCAAUCUGGACAGCCACCGUAACGUGAUGAUGAGGUUGAAUCUACAGCUGACCAUGGGAACCUUCUCUCUUUCGCUCUUUGGACUAAUGGGAGUUGCUUUUGGAAUGAAUUUGGAAUCUUCCCUUGAAGAGGACCACAGGAUUUUUUGGCUGAUUACAGGAAUUAUGUUCAUGGGAAGUGGCCUCAUCUGGAGGCGCCUGCUUUCAUUUCUUGGACGACAGCUAGAAGCUCCAUUGCCUCGUAUGAUGGCUCCUUUACCUAAAAAGACUCUUCUGGCAGAUAGAAGCAUGGAAUUGAAAAACAGCCUCAGACUGGAUGGACUUGGAUCAGGACGGGGCAUCCUAACAAACCGUUAGGAACAGCCCAGUGGAUACUGAAGUUUUUUUACUGGUAGUCACAGCAAACUUCUGAUACUGUUUUUAUUAUUUUCUUGUAUAGAGUCACACACUUGAAAAAAAUUAAUGUUUGAAAACAAAAAUAUUUUGGCAGUCACAAUACCAGAACUGGAUUGCAUUUCCAGAAUUCUGAGUUAAAGAAACAAAGUAUUUGCUUUGUAAAAGGCCAAAAUUCUAUUUCCUACAAACUUUAAAUGCUGUUUUUAUAGAUGUGGUAAGAGGCAACACAAGCACAGAUAGUUGUAUAGACUUUAUUUAAUUUAUACAUAUCAAGAAAAGUGCAAUUUCAUGCUGAAUGAAGCGUAGGAACUUGACAAGCCCAUAGGUAGCUAUCGUUCUUAGUAUAGGGAAUUACGUUCAUAUGAAUUUCCUGAUUCUCAGGUGACUAAAAAGCUAGCAUUCUAUGUAUUAACCUUACAACAAACUCUGAAAGUUUGAGCUUUAAAAACCAAACUUUGACAUAACCUUAUUUUCUUGUAUUUGCCCCCUUUUUAAAAUAAAAGGUGAAUAAAAAGAAAUAAUUUAAUAUCACCAUUGUAUGGAUGCCUAAUCAAGAUUUCACGUUCUCAACCCCUAACACUAGUUUUCUUUGCUCUCUGUAAUUACAGCCUUUGGAAGUAAAGUUGAAAGGAAGUAUUUCCAUUCUGUUACUGUUUUGUAGCACUUUGUCCAUUUAUUGAUUUUUAAAGUAGAUUUUUAGAUACCACCCUUGCCCUGCCCCAAAAAGAAAAAUAUGUAUUGCCCUGCUAAUCUAUACGCCUACACCUCAGAAGCUGACAAAUGAGCUUCCUAAAACACGAGGGUGACUAAAUGUUAGAACUGUGAUAUCUUCUCAUUUCCACAGAGAUGGGCGUUUAAAACAAAUGGCUAAUAUUUGUAAGCCUGAAAGCUGCCAUCCUCUUUAACAUCCUACCUACCUUUUAAAAUGUUUUCUGGAGGUUAAAUACAGUUAUGUACUAGAACAUUAGUUAAGCCUCCCAAAGUAGUGUGCGUGGAAGAUUCUAGAGUGUCCAGCUCUUGCACUACAAAUGUGAUAACAACAGAAUAAAUAUGCUUAUCCUGAUAUUGAGGGUACAUGAUUACCCUAAUGUGAUGUCAUAUGAGGAAGUUUAAGAGUCCAUUUUUCGGGUGGUUUGGUGAUAGGAAUAAAAAUGUUACUCCCGUAGCUGAUUCGGAAGAAAAGAGAUGAAGUACAAGUAAGGUUUCCCCAUUCCUGUGUGUGGUCAUGGGAAGCCAUUAGAGGGAAGCUGGAGAACAGAAUGGCACAGAACAGGCUGGGCUAGACUCGAGCAUGCAGUGGCCCCUGUGCACCAACCACACUGUGGGUCAGGAACAUGCGUCAUGGUGUGCUUGUUGGAGGAGUGUGAACAUACAGCACCCUCUAGCGUUAUGAAUCUCUUAGGAUUUUUAAGAUUAUAUUUGAUAAUACUUAGAUUUCACAGGGCACCGUUUUGGGACACCUCAGAGCACACUGCUGCUAUUUUAGGUCUUACCACUGUAAAAUACUUAAUAAGUACUACUUAACUGUGACAUGAAGAAUUGGAAUCCCAGAGGGCAACAUUUGAUUUGACUCAGAUCAGGCAAAAGAUAGAAUUUUGGUCAUUUUUCCUUGCAGUUUUAUUGACUUAGUUUAUGAGCUUGGGUAAAAUAAUUUUUUGAUGAAUCGUGUCAAUAAAAGGAAAAAUAAUGUAACUACCUCAUAAAUCUGAUAAACGGAAGUUGCUAGUGGUUUGUAGAAUUCCUGAAGGUGGUUAUAUCAAGUAUGAUUUCAAAAUGUCAACUAGUUCCACUUUUGUGAUUGCAGGAGGCUUCUUAUAUUAAAGUUCUCGUAAAUAAUAAAUCAGCUUAUGCCAAAAAUAUAUGAAGUUCCUUGGUUUUAAAUUUUGAACUAAAAUGGACUGAGCACAUUAAUUACUGUUUGAAAGUGGGUACCAAACACUGGGUUACAUGAGUGAGCAAGCAGUCAGAUCACCUGUCGAGCAUGUCGAGUACAGGGUGUGGUACUCUCUUUGUCUUUGGAAGGCCCCUAAACAAAUCUGGGCACAACAGGUGUCAUUUGAGGAUGCUCUGAGGAUGCUCUUAACACUUUGUUCUUCAUGAACAUAGACUGAUAAGCAGCACUAACCAAUGUUAUAUUAAAAAGCUGUUUAUUUUGCUGAGUUACUCCAAGAGUUGUAUACAGCUUUACUGUUUGGAACUGCAAUGUUAAAGUUGCACUUUGGAUUUAAGACUUACUCUCAUUACUUUAGUAAUACCUACAGAGGUGAGCUAAUGGAUGGUACAUGGAGUAGGGACUGCAGAGACCCCAGUUUUGUCCCCACUCCAUCUUCAAAUAAUUUUGGUCUCUUAGGUCUGUGAUACAAAGGCAUAAAACAAUUCCUAUCUUGAAGCCUUGAGAAAAGCUGUUACAUAUACACAGAUAGUAGAAAGACAGAAAAUGCAAAUAUGUAAAUGUCUUCUGAUAUCUUGAAAUAAAGAUAAAUUUGAAUUAAA